AUGAGAACCUCGUUCUCGUCCAUUCUUUUCAGCCUUUGGCUUCUUUGCCUUGGCGUGCUCGCACACGACGAGUCAUGCGGCUGCACUGUCAAGUACAUUGUCGUUGAGAUGCCUGAUCAGACUGUUGCUGCUCAGACCAAGCCUCCGACCAUCACUUCUGUGCAAACCAAGCCCACUAAUAUCCGAUCCAAGCCCAACCAGACGACUAUUCGCGCAUCUUCAACUUCCGCUCACCACAACACCACGGCGACUUUCCUUCCUAAGCCCCCCGCAAAGGUCGACUUGAGCAACCCCGAGAAUGCGGUUCCUAAGAAGAACAUCUCCAUGUCUUACGGCGAUGUUGAGAAGCCUCGCAACCAGACUUUCACUGCGCUCAACACGACUGCCCCUAAGGGAGCCAUCGACAUGGACCUCGUCAUGAACCAUCCAGCUGUUGUUCUGGAUCACAUUGACGCUAUUGUCUCGGUCGAGUGUACGGCCGAUUCCGUCAAGGUUCAAUUCGGAAAGUCUGCUGCUUUUGAGAAGGCCAUCGAUACUUGGUCAGACGACGAACCCUUCAUUCUCAUCACGAACAACAUGGGCAAUUGCAAGACCGACAUCGGCCAAGCUUUCUACCUUGUUGAUGGCGUUACUACAGACAAGAGUGAUAAGACCAUCACUUGUCAUGCUGCUGAGAAAGAACUUGCAGACAUUGCUGAAACCUGUGAAAUGUCGUUCACCUCUAUUCCUGCCACUAAGUUGAUGAAGCGCCUCACGCUCAACCCCAGUCUCUCUCUCAACUUCGGUACUGGUCUUGAGAGAGAUACUGUCCUCUUCCAGGAACAGCCAUGGGUGACCAUCAAGGCCGAGAAGGCAGAGUUCUCUUCCACUGUCUCUUUCUCUGGCCGCGCCAAGUACAACUUCUGGCGGUUCAAGAUGGAGGAUCUCUAUUUCGAUCUCGAUACCCAUUUCUCAGCCGAUGUCGCUUUGGCGGCCGAUGUAGCUGCAGCAUGGUCUCGAUCUAUCCUCUACGACCCCGAUACUCUCACGUACACCCUCGUUGAAGUUCCUGGUAUCCUCUCUCUCGGACCAGGCCUGUCUUUCGCUGUUGGAGUUGAUGUUGAUACCUCAGCUGCCGUUGCUGUCAGAGCUGGCGCCGGUAUUGCUAUCCCCGCCGCCAACGUCCAUCUCGAUUUCCUCGACUCAGGCAAGAAUGCUGCUACUGGCUGGGAGCCCCAGUACACUUCAUACGCCAACAUUACCGAGAGCGUUGAGGUCGGCUUGAACGCGAGUGCAUCGCUUACUGUUCAGCUCACCUUCAAGCUUCUCGGCGGCCUGGUCGAUCUCAGCAGCGGACUCACAGCCACUCCCGAGUUUGUGAACAAGUUCACUCUGGAUGCUGCACAGUCGGCCCAUGCUUCGAACGAUGGUGCUGGAGUGAAUCUUUUGGAUGCCGAAAAGGUUGCCCCAGCUACGACACCUGGCUCAGAACUUGCUGUCGUAAAUGAGCCCAAGGACUGUGGUGUUUCUCUCAAGUCUGACUUCAUUUUUGAUCUAGAGGGCUUUGCGACAAAGUGGUGGAAGGCUAAUCUCUAUCACGUUGAGGUCCCCAUUACAGAUGUUUGCUAUAAUUUCCAGUAG